CAGUUCAUCCGCUUUUGCGCCGGUAUCAGCUCCGCAGGCCACGACCAAGAACAACGUAUCGCAAGAUUCGACAUCUCCUCAGUUGUUACUCUGAUAGCAGCGUGGUCUCACAACACUAUAUCUGAGUACCUAAUGUGACCAUGCCUUCAAUUGGAGAGGAGGAGGACGACCGCGAUCUCGUGGGAUCGCAAGAUGAAAGUUCUGAUAAUGAUAUGGACGAUACGAUGAGAGAUGUGGACGAUGGCGACGGCGACGGCGAUAACGACCCAGACGCUGACGCUGACGCCGAUGCCGACCAAGAACCAGAUGCUGAAAGCCCUUCGAAUGCCAGUCAAACGUCUGAAGGAGCGGGCGGAGCGUUGCAGUCGAAUGCUGCUGCUGGAUCUCCAAAUGCUGCAAAUAUUUUAUCAGAUCCGCUCGCUGCGUUUCGUCCUACUGUGCGCGCCGAAUGUCUCACGGCAUCUACAUACGACAUCGUACCUACCACGGCGGCCCCUCACAGUACGUCGAUCAAUGCGGUGACGGCAACGGCUGAUAUGAGAUGGGUUUUCAGCGGAGGAGCCGAUGGCUAUGUUCGGAAGUUCAACUGGGUAGAUUCGAUCAACAGCAAGCUCAUGUUGACCGUCGCGCAAAGACAUCCCUUCGUUGACAGUGUGAUCAAAGCGGGCGUGUUGAUGACAUACUGGGAAAACAUGGAUGGGAAUGUCCUAUCUCCAGUCUACUCAUUGGCGGCCCAAAGCCAGGGUUUGUGGCUGCUUUCUGGGCUCGAAUCGGGCAACAUUCGUCUCCAAACGAUCCGUCACGAAGAGAGCAAGGAAGUUGCUCUUCUACAGCAGCAUACAUCUGCAGUUUCGGCCUUACAUCUCACCUCGGAUGAAAAAUCGCUCCUGUCAGGCAGCUGGGAUAAAAAGGUUAUCGAUUGGGAUCUAAACACGGGACAGAGUCGGCGUCUCUUCAGCGCCAGUGCUGGACAGAUCUCUGCUAUCCAGAUACGUCCGGAGUCAAGCCUACCAAUACCGCAAGAUAUUCCAGAUGUUCCGCAACCCAAUGGGACGUACUCGUCUAACUACCAGGCUAGUGGCGGAGGCAGCUUUAGCUUUACAAAUGGCGUAAACGAGAGCCAGGAGGGUCAACUAGGGGCAACCGCAGAAGCAGGUUCGCCAGCUGACUCACUUUUUGGGGGAGCAGAUUCAUUAUUCGGGGAUGCCGAUGGGGGUGCUAUUGACGGCGGAGCGCCUUCAGGGGGCGCUUUUGGAACAGAUGCAGAGGACGAGCUCAGUCGCGCGCUUGCCAACGGAGCCCAACACUCGGAGGAAGAUGCGCAUGGCGAGCCUGAUUUUAUGGACCAGUCGAACAGUAUGCGGGACUCCACGCUUCCAACCUUGGAGACAUCGACAGAAUCUGCAGGCCAGGGCCAAGAAGCGGUUCCUGGUGCGGCCCUUCCAAACGGAAUAUCUGAGCCUGUGGUCAAUGGUCUACCCCAUGCAGAGCAAUUAGAACCGUCUUCCAUGGACCUCGAUCUCACCCAACCAUCACUAUCCGAAUCCAAUAUCACAAACGACACCACCUUCCUGGCAGCCUCCAUUGAUGGCACGAUCCGCGUGUGGGAUAGGAGACAGCCAGACCCUGUAGCUCGCAUCAGCCCUCGCAACGUUCCUCCAUGGUGUAUGAACGCCUGCUGGUCUCCUGAUGGGAACUACAUCUACGCGGGCCGUCGAAAUGGAACGGUCGAAGAGUUCUCUCUUCACAAAGGAUUGCGCAGCGCAGAGCGCGUAUUCAAAUUCCCUCAAGGGAGUGGCGCAGUGACUGCACUGCAUCCCAUGCCUAAUGGACGACACCUUGUUUGCGCCUCUCACGAUAUCCUUCGUCUAUACGACCUCAAAGAUGAGCAGUCCUCACGCCACUCGACCGUUCCUUUUCUUAUCAUACCCGGCCACCGGACCGGCGUCAUCUCACAGCUUUACAUCGAUCCUGCAUGUCGAUUCAUGAUCUCGACCAGUGGCAAUAGAGGCUGGGAGGGUAACUCCACUGAGGUACUGUUGGGUUACGAAAUCACCCCGAUUCCAUGAUAAUCGAGGUCCAAUCUCUUGAAGUGGAAAUUUGGUCUUGGAUUGUCGCUUUUCUUUCAUGCGGCCUAGUUCUAUGCAUUUUCAUCCCCAUACAUC